AGUGAAUGCCAUCUGUUUUGUGUGACAAACAUAGACACCAAUUAUCACUUCAUUUCAAUAUACAGUAUAUAACGACAACACAAGUGAUUAUACCCUUGAAUUGGAGGUAAUAUUAGUGCAAAGUAUUUAAAUGACAAUUGAUUUGUUGUCGGAUCUGAUUUGCCAUUAAUUUAAGCGCUAAUUAAUCACCAAAAAUGUCGGUUCAUUUGAGGCUUUUUCGACACCAAUUGAAUGUGUUAAAUCUGACGUCCGUUCGACACAAUUAUACGGCUUCAAGAAGUGCACUGAAGAUCAAUAAAGAGACAAAAGUGAUUUGUCAGGGAUUGACCGGCAAACAGGGAACCUUUCACUCACGACAGGCCAUUGAAUACGGCACCCGAAUGGUGGCCGGAGUGUCGCCCGGCAAAGGAGGACAAACACAUCUCAAUCUCCCCGUCUUUAAUACAGUCCAAGAGGCCGUUGAAAAGACCGGAGCCGAUGCUACUGUGAUUUAUGUACCGCCAGCCGGAGCCGCAAAGGCUAUUAAUGAGGCCAUGGAUGCAGAAAUACCUCUAAUAGUGUGUAUAACAGAGGGAAUACCUCAACUAGACAUGGUUAAAGUAAAAAAUCGGUUGCUUAAACAAAGUAAAUCAAGACUAAUUGGUCCCAAUUGUCCGGGAAUUAUAAAACCCGGUGAAUGCAAAAUUGGUAUAAUGCCGGGACAUAUUCACGCAAAGGGUAAAAUUGGUAUCGUUUCCCGUUCGGGUACUUUGACCUAUGAGGCCGUGCAUCAGACUACACAAGUAGGUUUAGGACAAUCAUUAUGUGUAGGUAUUGGUGGCGAUCCAUUCAAUGGAACCAACUUUAUUGAUUGUCUCGACAUCUUUUUGAAUGAUCCCGAAACCAAAGGAAUUAUAUUGAUUGGAGAAAUUGGUGGUAACGCUGAAGAAUUGGCCGCUGACUUUCUCAAAGAAAACAAUACCGGUUCCAACUCUAAACCUGUCGUCUCAUUCAUUGCUGGUUUAACAGCACCACCGGGUCGUCGUAUGGGUCACGCGGGCGCUAUAAUUGCCGGCGGAAAAGGUGGCGCACAGGCAAAGAUUGAUGCGUUAGAGAGCGCCGAUGUGUCGGUUACCAAAUCACCCGCUCAAAUGGGUUCAACUCUGCUUCAAGAGAUGAAAAAGAGAGGUCUCGCCUAAUGGCGUCAUUUGAUUUAGAUUUUUAAAAUUUUAUCAAAUUUUGAAAUAAUUAUACCAAUCAAAUUAUAUAUGUAAUUAUAAUAUAUAUAUAAAUAUUUAUUUUAAAUGCAAUUGGAUUU